AACCAGGAACCUUUGGUCUCUUAACCACUAACAACCCCCCCCCCCCCCCUGUCCUCCAGGAACGAGGAGGAGCCGAAGCCCGGCCGGACCUCCUCCCUGGAGGAGGAUGAGGGUUUCAGCGACGGAGGUGCCCAGCAGAGGGAGAGAGCGAGGAGGAGGCAGGCCGGCCUGGACUCCGGAGAGGAGGAGACGGCCUGGGACUCCUCACAGCCCCGCCUCAGGAGGCAGGAGAGGCAGGAGGAGGAGAAGGAGGAGGCCACCGAUGGGAGGACAGAGCCAGGACGUGCGGCUGGCAGGGAGCGGGUGGAGAGGGAGAAGGGGGGGACCAGGGGCGUGAGGCAGGUGGUCUGUCCCGCCCCCAACAGAGAGAUUGAACACAAGAAGGAAACAAAACUGAACCAAUCCAAGGCCUUCCUCCAGCAGGAAGUGUUUCACAGCAAGACCAACGGAAACACGUCCCCACAGGAAGUGACAUCAUGCAUGAACAUGAAAACAAUAAGGCCAAUCAGUCACCAGGAGAAGGAGAACCAGGAGCAGGAGCAGCUGAAGCAGAGACAGCAGGAGGCGGAGCAGGAGCUGGAGGUGCUGAAGAGGAGGAGGGAGGAGAGGAGGAGAGUCCGGGAGGAGGAGCUGCGCAGAGAGGAAGGGGAGGAGCUCCGCCUGGCUGGAGAGGAGGAGCAGCGCAGGAGCCUGAAGGGACAGCCGGAGCGCAGGACGCCGGCUGUAGACCGGGGCCAGAGCUCCAGUCAGGAGGAGGGGGUCAGUCCGGUCUGCCCCAGAGCCACACCCAAGACAGACAGUGGUGAAGGUUGCGAUGCAGACAGUUCACACAUGAUCUCCGAGAGGACUGAGUCCCUGAGCCGAUCCCUGAAGAAGAGUAACAGCUUUAAGAAGACCCAGCCGCCGGUGCUGCUGUCCCGGCUGGACGACAGACUGGAGCAGUAUGCUAAUGCUAUCGAGACCUCCCAGCAGGAGGUGCGUGCCGUGCGGCGGGGCUCUGGGGACCUCCCCAGCCCCACCGGGCCCCUAGCCUCCAGGAGGAGUGUGUUCCAGGCCGGGGAGACCCCCAGCCCCUCCAGGCCGGCCGGCUGCAAGGCAAGGGAGUGUCUAAAGGUGGGCGUGGCCAACCUAAUCACCCAAUGGGUGAAGGCGAGUCCAGACUCAAGUGGAAAGGCCCCGCCCUCUAGACCAGCAGAAGUGAGGCCGGGAGACGUGAUGCAGAAGAAGAACAUGUGGGAGGGCAUCAGAGACACGGAGAGGACGGGAACAUCUGGAGCAACAGCUGGGGACACUUCUGGAAAAAAGUUCAAGUUUGUGGUGACUGGCCAUGGAAAAUACCAGAAACUCUGAGUGGGCGAUGCUUCCAAUCAUGACUGUCGUCAUUGGUCUGUCGUCAUGCAACGGGGCGAAACAACCAAUCAAAAGAAUGACUAUCUCCAAUCCUUGUUCCUUUGUGGUUCUGAUCUAGAUGAACAUGACUAACCUUCUGUUGACUGUAUUUAUAUCUGCUCUGUUUCAUAUCUCUGUUCAAUAAUCAGUGUAUAAUGUAUCAUGUGUUUGGACGUGUUGGGAUUGGAAUAUAUGUAAUGACUAUAUCCCAACAUAUUCAUAUCAACAAUAUUUCUUACCUAAAUUGUUAUUUCAAUUACCUGACAUUUGAAUGACCCAAAUGUUCCCUACACUUUCCUCCUCACACCAGCAAACGUUUAAAACGUGUUGUUACUGGUUUACUGUUAACCUGUUGUUACUAGUUAACUGUUGACCAGUUGCUACUGGUUGACUGUUGACCAGUUGCUACUGGUUGACUGUUGACCUGUUUCUACUGGUUUACUGUUGAACUUUUGCUACUGGUUUACUGUUAACCUGUUGUUACAAGUUAACUGUUGAACUGUUGCUACUGGUUUACUGUUAACCUGUUGUUACUAGUUAACUGUUGACCAGUUGCUACUGGUUUACCAUUGACCUGUUUCUACUCGUUUACUGUUGACCUGUUGUUACCUUUAAUACCUCUUAAUAAGAAUGAUGUACGUGAUCUUAACCUUUCUCUUAAAUAAACAUUGUUCUUCCUGAA